AUGGCAUCAUCAUCGGCGUACAUGCAGCGUCCCACCACCGGCGGCGGCGGUGGCGGCGGUGGCGGUGGCGGCGGCGGCCGCCACACGUCUGCGGGUGCCAACCGCCCGGCCACUAGCGGGGGGAGCAGGGAAAGUAACGCGCGGGGUAGGGCGGCGGCGGGAGCUCCGCGGAAUAACCCCGCGCGGAACUGCCCAUCCCUGCUGGACAUUAACGGCGAUGGCGGAAACUCCUUCCCCUCGCCCCGCAGUCGCCCCGCGGAUACCUUUUCGACCGCCAGGCGCCACCUUUCCCCCUUCGACUCUCACCGCGGCGGGGGACGGGUCGCCCGGAGCGGCGCGUCCGGCUGCUUAGAUAGGUAUUUGGGGGAAGACAUGGCGGAAGCUGGUUUGGAGACGGCUCAGAAACAGCGGCAUCUGGGGAAAGGGAUGGCGGAGAUGGCGGAGGAAUGGCCUCCGCGAGGCUCUGCGCGGCGCCCGAUGCGGCGCGCGGGUUCCAUGGAGGUUUCUGCGCUGAUGCUGCGCGCCAGCGAUUUCGACCCCCCCACCUCCCGCGGCUUCGCCGCGAGCUACGGCGCCCGCGGGGGGAAGGAGCGCGCUGAACACGGGGUACGCGGAGAUGCGUGGAACAACGUGGGCAGCCGCAAUGAGGGAGGAGCACGGCAGGCGUGGCGGAGCGAGCACGCGGACGGCGCGGGAACUUUUGAGCCGCCUCAAAAGCGCGCGGACGGCGCGGGACGAGCAAGGGUGUCGCGGGAGGGCGGGGAGGAGAUGCGUGAAGGCGGAACGGGGCGGCGGAGUAACGCGAGCACGGCGGUUGUAGAUAUUUACCGGGCGGAGGAGGGGGAAGACGAGGAGGCAGGCGAUACGAGCUGCGACAUGUCGCCAUAUGCGACAGGCGACACCUUUUGCGACCCGCUCUACUCCACAGGCGACACGAGCAGCUACAGGAGCAGCCGCCAAUCGCGGUCCAGUCAGGAGUCCGACGAGGCGGACAGCGCCGCCUGGGGGGGGUGGGGCGCGCCGUGGGCGGAGGGCGCGGGCAGCGAGCGGGAGAAACCGCGGGUGGCGGAGCCGAGGUUCGCGGAGGCGGCGGGCGCGGGGGGACGCGCGCGGAGGAUGCGACGGGCAGUGAGCAGCGUGGGGGGGAGUUCGUUCGGUAGUAAGGGGAUGGGACGAGAGGGAGGCGCGUUUCAUGCGUCUUCCCCCCGGCAGCGCACUGCAGCAGGAGAAGCGGGAGGAAGGGGAGGAGGAGGAGGAGCAACAGCAGCAGGAGCAUUUGAGAAUGCUGGAGACAUUGGGUCGAGAGCUAGAAUUGGGAGGAGGAAGAGUGGUGUGCGGUGGGAUAUAGCGAUCCGGGACGACGAAGAGGAGGAGGGGGAGGGGGAAGGGGAAGGGGUGGGGGAGGCGGAGCAGGGGAGGGCAAGGGGGAGGGGAGGGGAAAGGGAAAGGGAAAGGAGAAGGGAAAUGGAAGGGGAUGGGGAUGUAAGGAACGCGGGGAGAAGACAUGAGGCGGACGAGGAGGAGGAGGAGCGCGCGUCUCGUUCCCCCCACUCGUGCAGCAGCGGCAGCUACCUGCGCUCGCCCACGGGCAGCGCGGAGACGAGCGGUUCCGCCACUCCCCGCGCUGCAGGCGCGCGCGCCGGAGGCGCCAAUCGCGCAGGCGCGAGAACGCGCACGGUAACGGGCGGUAACGGUAGAGUCACGGAAACAGGCGGUGAUGUCGCAGGUACGAGAUGGGUGCAGGGCGGGGCGACGCGGAGAGAAAGUGAGAGGAGAUUGAGUGGCGGCAGUGAGAGAGGGGCGGGGAGGGGAGCAAAGGGGGUGGCGGAAGGGGAGGAGGUAGAGGAGGGGGAAGGGGAGGAGGACGGGGCGGAUGAGCGGCAAGAAGGGGGAGGGGACAGCGCGUUGCUAGGCCUGCGAUCGCCGCAAGGGCACGUGCUGCCAGGCAUGGUGCUGCGCCCCGCUUCCCUUGCUCUCCCCGCCACGCCUGCAGCGGAGACGCCUGGUGGAAAAACCCCUCAGCAGCAGCAGCAGCAGCAGCAUCAGCCAUUGGCGUUUGAUUUAAGUCAAAAGGUGCACUUCUGGGGGCGGGGGCCUGGGGAGGAGGAGGGGUGCCGCGGAGGCGGGUUGGCGGAGGAGAGGGGGAAGGGGGGGAGGAGGUCAGAGGAGGAAAGGCGGAAUGGGGAGCAGAUGGGGGAGGAGUGGCUUGGGGGUGGUGUGCAUGGGAUGAUGAUGCUGCCUGGGCGGGGGAUGGGCCGGGGGCGGCUGUCUCGGGGUUUGUCCAUGUCAGCAUGUGCGCUGCGGCGGUUGCAGGAGGAUGGGAGUGAGCGAACCAGCAACUGUGAUAGUGGCAGUGACAGUGACUGUAACGGGGGAGGCUAUAGUGGUGGAGUGCGUACUACAGGGAGCGUGAAUGUGAAGCACGCUGGUGGGGGGCCAGGGGAGCAGCGCGGGACGGAAUGGGGAGUGCGGGGCGGGGAGGUUGGAGGAGGGGGUGUGGGGAGGGGAAGCGGGAGGGGGUCGGGCGGCGGAAGUGGCCGGGGGAUGCGGGCAGCGUCGCAGCACGGGCGGCACAGUAGCAUGUCAUGGGCGGCAGAGGCGGCCAUUCAGGCAGCGAUGGGCGGGGGCGGGGAUGUUGGUGUGAAAGAGAGGCUGGGAAACGGGGAGAGGUUGGCACGUAGGGACUCCAUGCCUCUGCUGGCACUGGCGCAUGUGGACGCGCAUGAGGGCGGAGGGGGAAGGGGAGGCGGAGGGGGAGGGGGAGGCGGAGGCGGAGGGGGAGGGGGGAGGGGGAGGGGGGAGGGGGAGGGGGAGGGGGAGGGGGAGGGCUGGGCUGCGGGGAUAGGCGCGGGGGGAGUGGUGCCGAGUAGCAGCAGCAGGGGGGGCGGUGGGGGCGCGGGGGGGGUAGCGGAGCGCAUGGCAGGGCGCCUGGCGUCUACGCUGUCGGGGAAAUUGAUGGGGCUGGCGCGCUUGGGGAGUGGGGUGCUGCUGGGGGAUGGGCGUGGGGGGAAAGGGGGGAAGGUGGGUGGUGGGAGUUGGGGAGGAAAGCACGAAGGUGAUACUGCUGCUGCUGCCCUCGCUGCUGUUGCUCCUGCUGCUGCUUCUGCUGCUGCUGCUGCUGCUGCUGGUGGUGCUGGUGGCACUAGCACUAAUGGCACGGGUGACACUAGUGACUCUCUUUCUGCAGUCACCACUGCACGGGUAGCUUCAUCAGUAUCAUCACCACUCUCAUCAUCACCAUCACUACCAUCAUCACCAGCAGCAGCAGCAGCAGCGUCCGCUGCAGCAGCAGCAGCAGCACUGGGAGGGGAACCAGGGGCAAGGGAGCACAGUCACCUCCGCCCUGCCCCAUCCGACGCUGCUUCCCGUCCCCGCACUGCAGGCUUUCGUUCCGCCUCCAUUGCUGGCCCUUCCAGACCGGACGCGUCAGCAGCAGGGGGAAGCUUUGCGGAGCUUCUGGGGGGAAGCAGGGCGGAGAAGGGCAUGGGGAGGGGGCGGCUGCGGUCGUCUGGGGGGAGUGGGAUGUGGGCGGAGUGGCACUCCUCCUCCCGUGGCCCUGGCAGCUUUCUCGGCGGUGGCUUGCUGAUUGGGAAAGCUGUGGGCCAAUCGCGGCCCGCCACGGCAGCAGCCCGGGUGUUGAGGUCUCCGACUGGUGGUGGGAGCAGCAGCAGUGGUGGUGGUGGUGGUGGUGUUGUCUCUUUCGAGAAUUCUCAGAAAGGUGCGGGGAGGGAGCAAGAGGCGGAGGAGGGGCGGAAGGGAGGGUUGUUGCGAGCGGCGGAAGGCAGUGGGAAGCAGCCUAGGUAUGUGUGCCUUGCGCCUAGUGAGGACAGUGAGGAGAGCGAGGAGGGGAGUGAGAGAGGGAGUGAGCAGGGGAGUGAGAAGGUCGGUGAGAAGGGGAUGGAGAGGGGGAAUGAGAGGGUUGGUGAUAGGGGGAGUGAGAGGAAUUGUGAGAGGGGGAGUGAGAAGGGGAGUGUGAGGGGGAGUGAGAUGGGGAGUGAGAGGGAGAGAAGAGUGGACUUGUAUGAGGAUGACCGUGCUUCCGUGGCAAGUAGUGAGCAGACAGGGAGGGGAGCGCAGGUGGGUGGUGGUCAAGGAAGCAACGGCAAGGGGUACCAGUAUGACGGGGAGCAAGGGGAGUUGUAUGGUGGCAUGGGGCGGGGUGGUGAUGGGAUGGGCGGGAGUGGUGCAGGAGAGAGCGAGCAAGGCAGUGUGGGACGGGGUAGGAAGGGCGUGGGUGAGGGGCAAUGGGCGGGCUCGCAUCUUGACAUCCACACCUCGCAUCAUGAGACCCACACUGCACAUCAUGAGACCCACCGCUCCCAUCAUGAGGCUCACCCCUCACAUCACGAGAAGAACCACCCCUCGCAAGAAGCGAACAGGGGUUUUCCGGCCGAGGUGGUGUGGGCUGAUAGUGCGCUUCGUGGCAUUGACGAUUCUCUGUGGGUUGAUCCUGAUAGCAAGAGCCAAGGACAAGGAGCUUGGGAGGAGGAGGAGGAGGUGGAUGCGGAGGAGGGGCAAGGAGGGGAAGAGGAGGAGGAAGAGGAGGAGGAAGAGGAGGAGGAGGAGGAGGAGGAGGAGGAGGAGGAGGAGGAGGAGGAGGAGGAGGAGGAGGAGGAGGAGGAGGAGGAGGAGGAGGAAGAGGAGGAGGAAGAGGAGGAGGAAGAGGAGGAGGGAGAGGAGGAGGAAGAGGAGGAGGGAGAGAAGGAAGUAAUAACCCGUAAGGAGGAGGACCUUUAUGGGGAGAGGCGCGUUGGUGGUGCGGAGGAGGAGGAGGAAGAGGAGGAUGAUGAUGGGUGGUGGCGGGAUGGCAGGAGAAGAGACGACAGGAGACGAGAGGAGGCAAUGGAGGAGGAGAGGAGACGGGGGGAGCGAAGGAGGGAGGAGGGGAGGAGACGGGAGGAGGAGAGGAGAAGAGAGGAGGAUAGGAGGAGAGAGGAGGAGAGGAGGAGAGAGGAGGAGAGGAGGAGAGAGGAGGAGAGGAGGAGAGAGGAGGAGAGGAGAAGAGAGGAGGAGAGGAGGAGAGAGGAGGAGAGGAUUCGAGAGCAGGUGCGGGCAGAGGAGAGGCAAAAAGUCCUGGAGGAACUAGAGCGGGAGAGGGAGCAGAGGAGGAGGGCGGAGGGGGAGCUUCGGAGGCUGGAGCAGGAGAGGAGGGAGCAAGAGGAACGCAUGCGAGCGAUCAAGGAGAAGCGGCGAGCAGCCAAGCAGAGGCUGAGGGUUGAUGUAGCAGGGCUGCGCACCCCCACAUCCGCCUUUCCCUCCUCCUCUUCCUCCUCCUCUUGCUCCUCUGCUACCUCCUCCCCUGUGUUCUCCCCACUCAUGUCGUGUCCUGUGAGGUCUCCCUCCCCUCUCUCCGCCUCCCCCCUCUCCGCCUCCCCCCUCUCCGCGUCCCCCCUGUCCGCGUCCCCUCUCUCCUCCUCGUCUCCCUUCCGCAAGACAGCGAGGAGCAGCAGAAUGGAGCAGCAGCGAGCGGAUGCGAGAGGAGGGGGAGUGGGACACGGUGAGGCGCCGGCACGAAGUGGCGUGGCUGCGUGGGCUGAUGCUGUGGAUGCUGGGGGGAAGUGGCCGGGAGGUGGGGAUGCGAGGAGAGAGGGAGCAGGUGAGGACGAGGGAGAGGGUGGGGGAGAUGGGAGGUGGGGGAUGCAGGGAGGGAGUAUGCGACCUGUCACGCCCGAGCCGAUGAGAGCACGGCUGACUCGGAAGAACAGAGAGUCCCUCUGGGAGGUGGCGGUGAUGGGGCUCAUGCAUGGCCACCCGCAUGUGGCGGCGCUCAUUGACACGUUUGAGGAUGAGCAGCACGUGCAUCUGGUGAUGGAGCUGUGUGCGGGGGGAGAGCUGUUCGACCGCAUCAAGGCCAAGGGGCGCUACUCGGAGCCGCAAGCAGCCGCCGUGGUGGCCACCGUGGCGCUGGCUCACGUGCAUCUGGUGAUGGAGCUGUGUGCGGGGGGGGAGCUGUUCGACCGCAUCAAGGCCAAGGGGCGCUACUCGGAGCCGCAGGCAGCCGCCGUGGUGGCCACCGUGGCGCGUGUGCUGCAGCAGUGCCACGCUGCGGGCGUGAUUCACCGCGAUGUGAAGCCGGAGAACAUCCUGCUGUGCACCAAGCAGAGCGACACCGAUGUGAAGCUCAUUGACUUUGGCGUCGCCACCUUCUUCCACCCAGGCGUGCCGUGCACAGACAUGGCUGGGAGCCCCUACUACCUGGCCCCAGAGGUGCUAGCAGAGAGCUACGGGCCGGAGGCAGACGUGUGGAGCACGGGAGUGGUGCUGUACAUCCUGCUCUCGGGUCUUCCACCCUUCUGGGCGCCCACCAACGAGGCCAUCUUCCAAGCCAUCAAGGCCGCCCCGGUCAACCUCGUGCGCCCGCCGUGGCCGUCGGUGUCCGGGGAGGUGCGGGACCUGGUGCGGCGCACGCUGGAGAAACGGCCAGAAGACCGGAUCACGCUUGCGGAGGUGCUGGUGAGGGCUGCUCGUAGCAGGGCGCACGUGGCAGAGAUGCGUACUACUGUGGGGGGACUAACCUUGCUUGCCGUGGGGGGACUACGGCUUACGAGAUGA